UUACAUAUUGAUCUCCUGAGUAUUUAAGCCUUUGGCCAGAAUUCUCUGGUCAACAGUUGAGUUUGUUAAACAUUUACAGAAUGUUCCAAUACUUGGCCAUUUUCCUGGUGAUUGGUGCCUGUGCGGCCAGCGACGACGAUGCCCACGCCCACGUCGCGAAUCAGUUCAAGAAGGAGGAUGGACAUGGCAAGUUCUCCUAUGGCUUUGACAUCACCAAUGGAAUUGGAGCCGACGAAGCCGGAGACGAGCACCAGGUUAAGGGAGAGUAUCACUUCACCUCGAAGGAGGGUCAGCCCGUGAAGGUGUCGUACACGGCCGAUGAGAAUGGCUACCAUCCCCAUGGUGAUCUUCUUCCCACUCCCCCGCCCACUCCCGAGGCAAUCCUGAAGGCCCUCGCCUACAUCGACAGCCAUCCUCGUUGGGAGCCACGCUCUGUUCAUCCCCACUCGGCGCCACAGCCUGUUCAUCACCAGCCUCCACGACCAGUUCAUCCGGUUCGCUCCCAUCCAGUGCAGCACCAGCCGCCACGUCCAGUGCAUCCAGUUCAGCAUCAGCCGCCACGACCAGUUCAUCCUCAGCCGGUUCGAUCCCACCCAGUGCACCCCCAGCCCCCACGUCCAGUGCACCCUACGGCCAAUCCCCAUGGCCAUCGCCUCCACUAAACGGCUCAAUGGGUACCACUCCUGCAACUGCGUCGAUGAUUUCCUUUUCGCAUUCCCCAUUAUACAAAUAAAAGGUUAC